UGAAGUUGUGGUUCGUUCUCUACGGCCGUUGCCAUACAUACAACACAUGCUCGCGGCGCACGCCGGAGCUGCUGUCGACCAUCGAUCCCGCUCCAUUCCAUCAUCAUUCUGUCCGGUGUUGUGCUCCAGUGCAGUAGUGCAGAUACCGUUUCUGCUUUCCGCCCGUUGCUAGUGGAUCAGUGGUAGGGUACCCACUGCGAGGAUCAGCGCAGAGUGGCAUUGAAAAAAAAUCCAGUGUCUAUCGCAUAUUGCUUCAACCAAAAGUGGAUAAGUAGGCUCAAAACGCGGUGGAGUAUUUGUCUUUUGUUUUGGCGUAACGUGAAGUAGUGAAUGCUGACGGUUCCAGGGUGAAUCUUAGGCAAUCCGAAAUUCGAGCGUGUGAGUUUAGAGGAUCUUUUUCCCGCGGCGCGAUCGUAUAGUGAAAAACCAGGCGUAUAUGUGUGAUCAGGCUAAACCACGAAAGAAAAAGGAAAAGUUCCAGUACAAUAAAUCGAUUAUGGCUGCUACCAGUGUUGUGGUUCUGGAUCGUGGCAAUAAUACGACCUGUACUAUCAAUUUGCAUGGUGCAACAGUAGUGUCCUGGCGAGUCAACAACCAGGAGCAGCUGUUCGUGAGCAAAUUGGCAGUGUUCGAUGGGAAGAAGGCGAUACGAGGAGGCAUACCGUUCGUUUUUCCCCAAUUCGGACCGUGGAACUUUGGACCCCAGCAUGGUUUCGCGCGGGUAGUACGAUGGACGCUGGAACGAGCACCCGAUCGAUUGCCAAGCGGAGACGUGGAAGCCGUGUUCAGUUUGAUGGAUAACGAAAUCACGCGAUCCAUGUGGAAUUAUCCAUUUCGCAUAACAUACCGGCUCAUUCUGCGGGAAAAAGAACUUCACUUUCACAUCGGUGUGUACAAUCCCAGCAAAGACCUGACGUUCUCCUUCAAUCUGCUUCUACACACUUACCUGAAGGUCCCGGACGUUCGAAGGUGUCAAAUCACCGGACUGCACGGGUGUACUUUCAUAGAUAAGACUAGAGAUGGUGCUAUUUACCAAGAGGGUCGGGACGUAGUGACAAUCAACGAAUGGACAGAUCGUAUCUACCAACAUACGCCACAAGAGCAUAUAAUCACCAACGUAGUAUCCGGUAGGAAAAUGCGGUUGCAAAAGUACAAUUUUCCUGAUACUGUUGUGUGGAACCCAUGGAUGGAUAAGGCUCGAGAAUGCCAAGAUUUCGGUGAUGAUGAAUACCCUAACAUGAUAUGCGUUGAGGCAGGACACGUGUCCACCCCAGUAAUUCUUCUACCCGGUACCGCAUUUGAGGCGAGUCAAAUUCUUCAGGUCAUGUGAGUAGAAACCCAGGGAGGUACUGUGACCCGCAGUAAAGGUUCCUCCCGAGCAAAAUCCAAGAAAAAUCAACAACAGCAGCAGCAACAGCAACAGCAAAGUCAAGCAACUAGCCAGCAACAAAAUCAAAAUCAGAACAAUCAAAAUAAUCCACAGUCCCAAACCACGCAGCAUCAGCAGAGCCAGCAACAACAGCAACAGCAACAGCAGCAGCAGCAACAACAACAACAGCAACAGCAGCAGCAACAACAGCAACAGGUAACGUUACAGCAACAUCAGCAGCAGCUAGCAUCGAAUGCCGCCGCCCUAUGGCAAGUACCUGCCGCAGCAGCAGCGGCGGCUGCCUGCUGGAAUAACUAUGCCAACUUCCAGUCAGCUGGUGUCUUAGCAUUCAAAAUGCCACCGUCCUGCGGGGGUCUCUGUGGACCCCAGAACAACUGUGAACUGUGUUCGCUCAACUCCAACUGAGUAAAACUGGAGGGCGACGAUCUGCUAGCUGAGUUAUGCGAUAAUCUAGACAAAUGUGAAUACAAAGGAUGGUGAUAUUCACAUUAUCAACAAUAUGGAUUUUGCUCAAAGAAAAUUCAAAAAGGGUUUUAUGUUUAAGCGAAUAUGCGCGCUAAUUUCACGGUAAUUGGUGCGUCUAGAAGAAAAAAAAAUUAUUAAAACAUAAGUUAUAUAUAGUUCGGAAGGCUUUUUUACUCAACAAACUAGGGAGGGAUACUGACUCACACUCAAAAUAUGGUGUAUUUUUAUAUAUGUGGCUUUUAUCUCCGAAUACAACAAUUUUUUUGCUUAGAAAACAGAUUACCAUAGCCGCAAAUUAUGGGUGUACAAAACUGUCAUUUACAGCAAACAGAUCCAUUCUGUUUAUUUCAACGAUUGUUUGCUAUCAUAUCGCCUUGUAUUGUACCUGGUUUUAAUUUACAAUGUGUAUUUUGAUCUUGAGCCACAUAAACUUGAAUACAACCGUAUGAUGUUGAUUGGUCCGCAUGUUCUGGGCGGGAUGCUUUCGGGGACCCAAAUAAAGCAUUUCGACAUCGCGCACUUUCUUGAACUUUUACAGUGUGAUGAAUAACUAACUGAUCAAGGAGCAUUUUAACCUACCAUUUCUGAAUAGAGGGGGCCUAGUAACUUACUUUUAGAUAAAGCUAGUAAAGAAAAUUUAGCGGCUAAGCAAAGGAAGAAAGAAACAAAGAUGUUGAGUGUGGCGCGAAAGUAAUCGCACUUCCCAUUGUUGCAACACGAUGGUGAAAAUAGUAAAUGAAUCAAUUAUUCGAAUUUGAAUGCGACGAAUCGUACUUCCGAAUUUGGCCCUGCAAAUCGAAAGUACGAUCCGAUACUUACAAAUAAUAAGGGGUCAGAAUAAUUAUGAUUUUUUAUAUUGUACUACUUAAGAAUUGACAACAGACAGCAACCGUCUGUUGUACAGCUAUAAUAUUAACCUGAUUUGCACCAGCAACCUGGGAUACAGAGAGUGGUGUUAAAUAAAGCUACCAAGUAGAUAGUUUGUCUUAAAAUUUUAAGUGAGAUUUUUAUGCAAACGCUUUCAGUAAACGAUUUUUGCUGAAAAAUGACACGUGUCAGGGAAAGCAACAGCAGUUAGUAGGGUUACUGGAUUUUGAAUCAUGAAUCAUGAAGUUUCAUUGUGUUUUUUUUCGUUCAUUCAUUUAUUUAAUUCGUUUCUUUUUUUUUCACACCAACAUACAACAUGGUGGCAUGGUGAAAAGGGAUAAACUGCAAGGUACAGACCCGCAAAGCUAAAUUAAUUUAGAAGAUUAAUAAAAUAAAUUAUGGAAAACAGGACUGUAGGUAGAGUUCUAUCGAUAUUAUUCAUACAACUUGCGCAAUUUUAGCUAAACACGAUUAAGGACACUGUCUGCAGCAUUCGGCCAUUUGUAGGGUUAAGACGUAAAACAAUUUCAAAAAAGAAAAAAUCAUUGUGGCAAUGAGAUAGAGAAAGUAUAAAACAAAUAAAGGCUUAGAGUGAAAGCUGGGAUAAAACGGAAUCCACAGCCAAAUUGAAUGAAUUGUGAUUGAAUGAGCAUAUUUUAUCUGUAUGUAGAACAAACAUAUGAGUUGAGUUCAGAUUUCGUGACUGCCAUAUUGGUUAUUUUGAAAUGAGACAAUAUUUUCUCUGCAGAAAUGCGUUAAUUUUAUUCGUUGAACAAUAUCGAUUUUUUACUGUAAAUGGUCUACUGUUAAUUGCUUAUGGGACGUACACUAAAUUAAAAGUAAAACAACUUGUAUACGAUAUCUUUCAUUGACUGUAAAUACAAAUUCGCGUUAGGGCGCAUGGCACAAAGGAUA